CUGGCCUUGAAAUCUGCAACUUCAACCAAGCACUAUUUCUUCUUCUGCGUUCCACAUUUUCAAAUCUUCUUACGAUGGGGAAAUCACCGGCAGAACAGCACCCCAAAAAGGCUUUCGGAUGGGCUGCAUCCGACACCUCCGGCAUUCUUUCUCCCUUUCAUUUCUCCCGAAGAGAAACAGGGGAAAACGAUGUAGCUUUUAAAGUUCUUUAUUGUGGAAUUUGUCAUUCUGAUCUUCACAUGCUGAAGAAUGAAUGGGGCAAUACUAUUUACCCCAUUGUUCCUGGUCAUGAAAUCGUGGGCGAGGUAACCGAGGUUGGAAGCAAAGUGAAGAAUUUCAAGGUCGGAGACAAGGUUGGCGUAGGAUGUAUGGUUGGAUCCUGCCGCUCCUGUGAUAAUUGUUCCAACAACCUUGAGAACUAUUGCCCCAAAAUGAUCCUCACCUACUCCAGCAAGGAAUCCGACGGCUCCAUAACCUACGGAGGCUACUCCAACUGUAUGGUUGCCGAUGAGCAUUUCAUUGUUCGCAUUCCCGAUAGCAUCCCUCUGCACGCCGGGGCUCCCCUGCUUUGUGCUGGUAUCACAGUUUACAGCCCUUUGAGAUACUAUGGACUUGACAAGCCUGGAAUGCAAAUUGGUGUGGUUGGUCUUGGUGGGCUUGGCCAUGUCGCCGUCAAAUUUGCUAAGGCCUUCGGCGCUAAGGUUACUGUGAUUAGUACCUCGCCUAACAAGAAGCAGGAGGCUAUUGAACGUCUUGGGGCUGAUUCAUUCUUGGUCAGCCGUGAUCAAGAGCAAAUGCAGGCUGCUAGGGGGACUUUGGACGGUAUCAUAGAUACAGUCUCUGCUGCCCAUCCCCUUCUUCCUCUGCUGUCUCUUAUUAAAACACAUGGAAAAUUGGUUAUGGUUGGUGCACCAGAGAAGCCACUGGAGAUCCCAGCCUUUGCUCUUAUUGGGGGUAGAAAAACAAUGGCUGGUAGUUGCAUUGGUGGGAUGAAGGAAACACAAGAGAUGAUUGAUUUUGCUGCCAAACACAACAUAACUGCAGACGUUGAGAUGAUUCCGAUGGAUGAUGUCAAUAAGGCAAUGGAACGGAUGCUGAAACAGGAUGUCAAGUAUCGAUUUGUCAUCGACAUUGCUAACUCAUUGAAGUCUAGCAGUUAAAAAUAAAUGCAUUUGACUGAGCUUGUCAACUUUCUGAUAUUGUACUAGCAGACCAUUUAGCAUUUGUUCUUUUUCUUGUUCUCAAUUGAAGUCAUGUUUUGGUAAUUGGGUUAUAGUAAUAUGAAAUUGUAUGCUUCAUUACUAAUAAAUUUUUUAUAUUGGAAAC